CCUAAGUGGACGGUCGCGUGAAGGUUGAGACCCUUCACCGCCACCGUCGUCAAUAUCACGACAGUCGACAGCAGCAAUAGGGACCAAGAUGCCGACGGUGUAUGUCAUAAACGACACCCAGGUGCCCCUUCACAUCUCCUUUCGCCAUGUGUCGCCACUCCACUUUGUCAACAGCGUUGCGCCAGGCGAAAAGGCAGAGUUCCACGUCGGCGCUGUGUUUUUCACCGUUGAGGCGCGCAUUGACCAGGGCGGCACCAACGGCUACACGCGCUUCGAGAGCGUGGCUGCGCCCAUUGCCAUCACCGUGACGGCGCUCAGCUUGGGUGCGGGCGCUAUCUACUUUGCUGGGGCUGCCAGUGCUGCAGGCGGAAUGAGCGCGGCCGUCGCGGCCAUCAGUGCCAGAAUCGGCGCCACGGCCGCCGCCCAUGGCCCUACCGUGAGACGGCUUUACAAGUACGCUCGGCAGGGACAGAGAAUCGUGCAGAUCGGAAACGUCAUUGGGAUCGGCGGCGGUGCAUGGCUGGGACUCAAGGCAGCCGACAAGAACAAGGGGGAAGACGGAACAGUCGACAAGGUCGAGGACCAAAAGAAAGCCAAUGCUUGGUCAGAGCACAAGCGGGUCAAGGAGGCCAAGAAUGCGCUCAAGGGUCUCUUGGAAGGAAGCGUCGUGAGCUCGGCAGGGUGGUACAUGAACAAAGAGAGGACGCUGCGCAUCACGGGCGGGCCUCGAGCCUCGAUGGUCGACGAUCUCUUGGUGAUUGAAACGGACACACUGGAGCCUUUCAAGGUGGAAGCAGUGGAAGAGGAGAGCAAAAGCGGGAAGAAGAAGGCUGAGGGUGAAACCAAAAAGGAGGCUAAGGAGCAGGACGAUGUGGUGCCCAAGACCAAGGAAGGAGAAGAAAAGGAGCAGCCGUGGUACGACCGACUGAGUGACUCGUCCAAGUGGCUCUAUGCGAGAAUCAAGCGAUCGCCCCAUGAACCGGCGCCACAAGACGACAGCGACGCAGAGGAAGACUACGAGCUGCCGGGGUCCAAGGGCAAGCAAAAGGAGGGUCUGCCUCGUCCCAGCUCAAGCAGCCUGGCGCCACCACCGGACGAUGACCCGAGCCAUCCGCCGACGCUCAGCGUCGUCCUCUCUGAAAUGGGAUACGACCGAGAACAGAUCCAAGAAGCAGUCAAGGCGCUGGACCUGGAGGGACCAGACGAGACGAACCCCGACGUCGUUCAGAAUGCGGUCCUCUACCUCGUGUCCAAAGACCAAGAUUCGACUCAAUCCUCAUCUCCACCGCACGGGGAUGAAAAGCCGCCGCCUUUGGUUGUCGAUGUCCUCAACGCCGGGAGCUCAAGGGCCGAAGGAGAGAGGUUGCCUGCGGCCGCGUCUGGCAGUGGCGAGAGCGGCCAAGAAGGAGCCGAUGAUGGAGGGGACGGCAAAGAGACCAAAAAACCUGCGGCUGUCAAAGCUCGAAUCUACGGGCGCAUUCAAGGCCCUCGACGUUGGUACCUCGCACCUGUUCACAAGGGGCGAAAAGUGGCUUCAGGGCGGCGAGGCUUCCAAAGUUGCGAAGAAAUAACGAUUCGAAAUUCGCCUGCUUUAGUGUAUUUAGUUGCGUCUUAGCAGACAGGCAAGCACCUCUGCCUAAUCUGAGCUGCUUCGAUCGGGCCGCUUUGCUCGACGUCAA